CUCGCGCGCGGCUUGAGCGGCGAAGCGAUGGGGCUUAGUCGGGUGCGCGCGGUCUUCUUUGACCUGGACAACACGGUCAUCGACAUGGCAGAAGCGAGCCGGAGAGGCAUGAUGGAGGUGAUAAAGCUCUUACAAUCAAAAUACCACUACAGAGAAGAGGCAAAAGUCAUCUGUGAUAAAGUUCAAGUUAAACUCAGCAAGGAAUGCUUUCAUCCUUACAGUGCCUGUAUUACAGACGUGAGGACUGCACACUGGGAAGAAGCCAUCCAGGAGACCAAAGGUGGUGCUAACCACAGGAAAUUGGCAGAAGAAUGUUAUUGCCUGUGGAAAUCUACGCGUUUACAGCAUAUGAUCCUAGUAGAAGACGUCAAAGCCAUGCUCGCUGAACUUCGCAAAGAGGUCCGCCUACUGUUGUUAACAAACGGUGACAGACAGACCCAGAGGGAGAAGAUCGAGGCUUGCGCCUGCCAGUCUUAUUUUGAUGCUAUUGUUAUAGGAGGAGAGCAGAAAGAGGAGAAACCAGCACCUUCCAUAUUUUAUCACUGCUGUGAUCUCCUUGGAGUGCAGCCAGGGGACUGCGUGAUGGUUGGUGACACACUAGAAACCGAUAUACAAGGAGGCCUCAAUGCAGGACUGAAAGCCACAGUCAGGAUAAACAAGAGUGGAAGGGUGCCGCUGACAUCAUCCCCCAUGCCUCACUAUAUGGUUUCCUCAGUGCUGGAAUUACCUGCUCUCUUACAAAGCAUAGAUUGCAAAGUCAGCAUGUCUGUGUAACACACAGAAGAACACAGCAACCAAGUACAGAGCCAGUUUACAGGGUUAACAGAACUAAUAAAUGCCAAGGCAUUCUGUGUUUGGUUCAGUUCCUAGAAUGUGAGUGAGGGAUUCACUGCCAUGAUGUGAAGCCUCCCAACCCUGCUGCUGUUGAUAGCCAUAGGCUAUAUUACUACCUGAGAUCCAGGUUUUUUGUGUAGUCCAGAAAACUUGAAGAAGGCAGGGUAGCUUACAUGUGGAUAUGCAUGUACUGGUUUAUAGCAUAGAUAUUUUUUUAAAAAUAGAUAUUCUAAAAUAGAGAUUCAAGCAACUGAAUUGGGUUGGUAUAAAUACUAAAUCAUACAAAUCAAAGCAUUUCAUAGUGAAAUUUUACAUAUUUUAGAUAAUUUUUUGUUAAAAUAUUUUGCCUACUUUUAAUGUGAAUGUUCUUAUCUAUUAUCUAAUUUUUCUGCAUGAUUUUUGGACUAAAUUUGGUGUGAACAUGACAAAUUGUUAUAAUUUUUUAAAAACGAUUAAAAAUGAACCCAUGGUGCUCCUUUUCCAUGCCAUUUUCA